CCGUGGCUGAACCCGUCAAGCUUUGCUGGGCUACGCCACGAUCAUGUCCUUGUUUGAUCUGAGGCGUAUACUCGCUACCACCAAUAAAAGCCAGCCCUCGGCUGCCGGUAACCAAGCACACCCCUCCACAAGAGCCCACCCGACGUCAAUGUUUCAUUCCUCCUCCACCAUCACCACCACCUCCUCCUCUUCUUUCCGUGAUGCUACACUUUUCCCUCCGGCCAGCUGCACCACCGCCACGCAUGCUGUUGAUGGCGCCCCACCCCGUGGCUUCAUCGAUGUCAAUGCCUCCGGCUUCCUUCCCUCCUCUGCUUCUUCUUCGUCCUCCCUCCGUCCUCGGUCUCUCCCCAGGAGCAGCAGCAGCCACUUGCUCCCCGUCUACCACCCUACCACCCAUCCCUUCAAGCCGAUGCCCUUUUCUUUCCCUCUCCAGCACCAACCCCGUCACCAGAAUCCUCCGCCAGAACUCGCCUCGCCGUCGAGCCCGCCCUCCUCCUCCUCCUGCGACUUUCCUCACUUCAAAGCCUGUCCCGUGAGGCGCGUCUUCAGCACCGGCGACCUCCAGAGGUUGACUGGAAUGGUGGUGUCUGGGGAGAAUCAUAAUCAGGAAGGAGGCGAGAUUGCUGCGAAAGCGGCGCGGUACAAACCAGAGGAGAGGAAGGAGCGGAUCGUAAGAUAUCGGAGCAGACGCAAGCAUAGGAAUUUCCACAAGAAGAUCACUUACGCGUGCAGGAAGACAUUAGCCGACAGCCGGCCACGGGUGAGGGGCAGGUUCGCGAGAAACGGCGAGACAGACGGGAGGGUGGAGGUGGAAACGGAUGCGGCCGAGAACAGCUGCGAACAGGCGGACGGCGGCAGAGAAGUGGGCGACGGGAGUGAUCGGUCUAGGGCGGUGCCGACAGCCGGCGAAGAGUACGACGACGAGGACAUCUGGGCCGCUAUCUCUGACGUCCUUUCCAUGAAUCUUCUCUCCUAAAAUAAUGAAAAGAAUAAGAUAAUAGAGAGAGAACAAAUGAUAUGGUGGGACUGGCAACUGUACGUAGUUGCAGUAGUAGUAGCAGCAGCAUGUUUACUUUC